CUGUGAGAGAAGGGUAGCAUAUAUCUAGAAGGCUUAAAAUGAACACAUCAACAGUUUUUCAUCCUGAAAGUCCUGAGCAAUCCCAAACACCCCUAAAAUAGUGAAACAUGCACUUGGAUUAUUAAAAUUAUUUUCCGGCGAGUCUGCUCACCGGCAAUCACCGGUGACACCUUUCAUUUCUCCAUCAAUACUUCACUGCCAAAUCCAGGUUUUCAAAUUAAGUUUUUUUUCUUUCUACGUUAUUUACAGAACAAUGUAUGCCCAAACACUUCAAUUUUCAAAUUACAAUCUCAAUCCCAUAAAAACCCCAAUUUUAAACUCUAAGACACACCCAACUAAAUUCACUAAAUUUGAUUCAUAUUUGAAAUUCAGAUACGGGUUUUGCAAUUCAGCCAAAAGGGUGUCUGAAUCACCAAAAAUUAGAAGAAAAUAUGGUGGAUUAGUUGGGAUUAGAAUGGAAGGGGUACAGAGUAAAGAUAAUGAUAAUAGAGGUAAUAAUGAUGAUGGUUUUUAUAUAAGAAGGUGUGUUGAGUUAGCUAGAAAAGCUGUUGGGUGUACUAGUCCUAAUCCUAUGGUUGGUUGUGUUAUUGUUAAAGAUGGGAAAGUUGUUGGUGAAGGAUUUCAUCCGAAAGCCGGUCAACCUCAUGCUGAGGUUUUUGCUCUGAGGGAUGCUGGGGAACUAGCAGAAAAUGCAACUGCAUAUGUGAGUUUAGAACCAUGUAAUCACUUUGGAAGGACUCCUCCAUGCUCUGAAGCGUUAAUCAAAGCGAGAGUAAAAAAAGUGGUGGUGGGGAUGGUCGAUCCAAACCCAAUUGUUGCAUCAAGGGGUGUUGCUAAACUACGAGAUGCUGGAAUUGAUGUAACCGUUGGAGUUGAAGAAGAACUGUGCAAGAAGCUUAAUGAGGCAUGGAUACAUCAAAUGCAAACUGGGAGUCCUUUUGUUACAUUAAGAUACUCCCUCACUAUUGAUGGUCACCUCUCAAAAGAUCUCGGGGAAGGAUCCAUGGAGGCUGGCGGAUACUACUCGAGGUUGUUACAAGAACAUGAUGCAGUCAUACUUUCUUCAAAAUCAUUAGACAAAUAUCCACUUCCUGAAUCCAAAGAACCCAAAUCCAGCCAUCCACUUUAUAUAAUAGUUGCAAAACAUCCAGAUCCCGUGAUCCAGAUCCCAAAUCUUACCUCCGAAGAAGCGAGUUCAAAAGUGAUUAUAAUAACAGACCAAGAGGCAAAUGUGAGAAGUGAACAGGGGAUUGAGACAAUGGUUUUGGACAACUUGCAGUUAACGACAAUCAUGAAGAAUCUGAAAGGUCGGGGCCUGUGCAGUGUAUUGCUGGAUUUAAGAGGGGGAUUUGGUGAUUUUGAAGAAAUUUUAAACGGGGUCGAGGGAAACUUGUUGCAGAAGUUGGUGGUGGAAAUGUUGCCAGUUUGGGGUGAGAGCAAAAAAGAUGCAGCCCUUGAGGCAAUAAUGACUACCCAAAGAGCAGGAUUGAAGAAUUUUGAACCUAAAAAAGAUGGUAAAAGUGUAUUAUUGGAGGGUUAUUUUUAGUGGGGAUAACUGAUUCUAAUGGGACACACUGGAUCAAUCUAUUUGACCAAUUUAACGGGGAAGUAAUUGGUUUGUCAAGUCUUUGUAGAAUGUUUCAACUUGACGGAAGCUUUUAUUGGUAACCCUGAAAGGGUUAAGACUCUUUGAUAUGGUGUCAUCUUUUUAUGUUUCUAUCAAUCGAUCUAACUGACUAGUGGUUUUAGAAGUCACUGCAAGUCUGACACAUCCUUGUCGAAAAACAUAAGAAUUUGAGGAUGAAACCUUCCCUCUGUAACCAUUUCAAAAUAGUAGCUGGUACAGAAACAGUCACUUUUCAGUUUCCUAAUUUAUAAAUGUAAGUGGUGAUCGUGAUAAAGAGCAUAUGUAUUUUGCUAACUUGUUACAUUAUUCCUCAUAUGAACAAAUAUUUACAGAUGCUAUAAUGAUUGGAGAUA